CAUCAAUCAAUCCAAAACCCCACCAAAGAAACUAGAUAGAUAGAAAAGGGCUAAAAUAGAACACCCAAUUACGCUCGUUUCCUCUCGAUCAACAAAAACCAAUGGCCUCCUUAUCCCUCCACCUCUCCUCCCUCCACCACACCUCCACCACCGCUUUUGUCCCACGCGCCACCCCUGUCAACCUACGGACCCGAACCCAGAAAGCAUUCUCCAUCAAGUCCCAAUCUGCUCCUGUCCUUUCCCAAGAUGAUCUCAAAAAGCUUGCAGCUGACAAAGCGGUUGAGUCAGUCAAGUCAGGCAUGGUCCUAGGCCUCGGAACAGGCUCAACGGCAUCUUUUGUGGUUGACAAACUGGGUCAACUACUAUCAGCCGGUCAACUUUCCAACAUCGUUGGGAUUCCAACCUCAAAAAGAACCCAAGAACAAGCUGCAUCGCUCAAUAUCCCCUUAUCCACCCUUGACUUGCACCCCCAUAUCGAUCUUGCCAUCGAUGGCGCCGAUGAAGUCGACCCCAACCUCGACUUAGUUAAAGGCCGUGGGGGUGCACUUCUGCGUGAGAAAAUGGUUGAAGCGGCUUCUUCAUCUUUCAUUGUAGUGGCUGACGAUAGUAAGAUUGUUUCGGGGCUUGGAGGGAGUGGUUUGGCUAUGCCGGUUGAAGUCGUGCAGUUUUGCUGGAAAUAUAACUUGGUGAGACUUGAAGGGUUGUUUAAAGAGUUAGGAUGUGAAGCCAAAUUGAGGUUAGCUGGGGAUGGUAGUGAAAAGCCUUAUGUCACUGAUAAUGGGAAUUAUAUUGUGGAUUUGUAUUUCAAGAAUCCAAUUAAAGAUGGGUUCGCAGCUGGGAAAGAGAUUUCUUCCAUGGAAGGUGUAGUGGAACAUGGGUUGUUUUUGGGGAUGGCUACCUCUGUUAUUAUUGCUGGGAAGACCGGUGUGGAAAUUAUGACCAAGUGAUUGAUGAAAAAAGUGGGGCAGUUUUCAUUGUUGUUAUUUGACCUUUGAGGUGGAAUUUAUUGCCAAUGUUUUGGAUUUUGAUGCUGUGUAGAGUAAUUGAACAAUGUGGAAUAGUUUGGGAUUUUGAAAUAAAAUUGAUGAAUUGAUCAAUGAU